UUCUGUCAUGUACUAUAUAUAAGAAGUUCGAUCGAUACUCUCUCUCCAUCGUCUCCAAAUUAAUCAUCCCUACUCUUUCUCUCUCUCUCUCUCUCUCUCUCUCUCUUCUCUUUUUGUAUAGCUCAGAUCUCGGCAGCGGCGAUGGCGGGAGGCGCGAUAGUGAGCGCGGCCGGGGGGAAGGAGUAUCCGGGGACGCUAACCCUCUACGUCUUCCUAACUUGCGUCGUCGGCGCCACGGGGGGCCUCAUUUUCGGCUAUGAUCUUGGCAUCUCCGGGGGCGUGACGGGGAUGGAUCCCUUCCUGGAGAAGUUCUUUCCGUCGGUGUACCGGAAGAAGCAGGACGAGAGCACGAACCAGUACUGCAAGUUCGACAGCCAGCUGCUGACGGCGUUCACGUCGUCGCUGUACCUGGCGGCGUUGAUCGCCUCCUUCUUCGCGUCGUCGGUGACACGGAUGUUCGGCCGCAAAUGGUCCAUGCUCGGCGGAGGUUUCAUCUUCCUCAUCGGCGCCGCCCUCAACGGCGCAGCGCAGGACAUCGCCAUGCUCAUCAUCGGCCGCAUCCUCCUCGGCGUCGGUGUCGGCUUCGCCAACCAAUCUGUGCCGUUGUACCUGUCGGAGAUGGCCCCGGCGCGGCUCCGCGGGAUGCUGAACAUCGGCUUCCAGCUCAUGAUCACCAUCGGCAUCUUCUGCGCGAACCUCAUCAACUACGGUUCCAACAAGAUCAAGGCCGGGUGGGGCUGGCGCCUCAGCCUCGCCCUUGCUGCCGUCCCCGCCGCCAUCAUCACCAUCGGAUCUCUUUUCCUUCCCGACACCCCCAACUCCCUCAUCGAGCGCGGCCACCCCGACGAGGCCAGGGCCAUGCUCCGCCGCAUACGAGGCACCGACGACAUCACCGAGGAGUACAACGACCUCGUCGUGGCGAGCGAGGAGUCGAGGCGCGUGAAGCACCCGUGGGUCAACAUUCUGCAACGCAAGUAUCGGCCGCAGCUCACGAUGGCUAUAUGUAUUCCCUUCUUCCAGCAGCUCACCGGCAUCAACGUGAUCACGUUCUACGCUCCCGUGCUCUUCCAGACGCUUGGGUUCAGCGGGAAUGCGGCGUUGAUGUCGGCCGUCAUCACUGGACUAGUCAAUUUCAUCGCGACAUUCUUAUCCACCUUCACCGUGGACAGGCUCGGCCGGCGCAUGCUCUUCUUAGAGGGCGGCUUUCAAAUGACCGUAUGUCAGAUCAUUGUGGGAACUCUGAUUGCCAUAAAGUUCGGCACCAGCGGAGAGGGCCACAUCUCUAAGGGGUACGGGAUCAUCGUGGUGCUCUUCAUCUGCAUCUACGAUGCGGGGUUUGCCUGGUCGUGGGGCCCACUAGGGUGGCUAGUCCCUAGUGAGAUCUUCCCUUUGGAGAUUCGGUCGGCCGGCCAAAGCAUCAAUGUAUCAGUCAAUAUGCUCUUCACAUUCGUGAUUGCGCAGGCUUUCCUUACCAUGCUUUGCCACAUGAAGUUCGGCCUCUUCUACUUCUUUGCGGGCUGGGUCGUCAUCAUGACCAUUUUCAUCGCGCUCUUCCUCCCGGAGACAAAGAACGUGCCCAUUGAGGAGAUGGUCAUAGUAUGGAAGGAACACUGGUUUUGGGGUCGGUUCAUUAACGAUGAGGACAUCCACGUCGGUGUCGAGAUGAUCAGUGGCAAAUCAAAGGAUGCCAACGUCGCGUGAUCAAGACUUACAAAUGAGAUAACAGCUCUUCUUGAUUAAUUACACCAUAAAAAGUAAAGUUUGCACGUGGUUGCCAAUGCUUCAAUCAUACACACACAAUUUGACUAGCUGAAGCUUGAUUUCAUCAGUAUGGGUUCAGAGUGGCCUGUUAUGUAUUAUUUUUAUGUAUCUUGAGCUUUCAAAUGUUUUACAUGUGAAUACACACUUGCAUGCUGGAUAUGAAUGACAUAUUGAACAUCAUCGAGUUCUGGAAUUGAAUGUGUGAGUUUUGGAUU